AUGGUUUUAUCUGGAAGUGACAAACAAAUACUCACCGCUCUUGACAUAUACGUCGAGGCGCUUGAGUCCCCGAACUCAAGCCGGGAGUUGGUGGCGGCAAUUCGACCAGUCCUUCGGGACUGGAUCGAGUGCCCUGGCGCUCCCACCUACCACCUCACGCAGGUCCUCACCGGGCAUGGGUGCUUUGGUGAGUACUUGUUUAGGGUGGUCAGGAGGGAACCAACUGCGGAGUGCCACCAUUGUGUGAGCGGCAUAGUGGACACGGCACGACACACGCGCGAGGAGUGCCCCGCUUGGGCGGUCCCUCGCGCUGCCGUGUCCACAGUAAUAGGGGCGGACCUCUCGCUGCCGGCCAUGGUUAGGGCCAUGAGCGGCAGCGAGCAGGCCUGGAGAGUGGUCGCCACCUUCGCGGACAUAGUCAUGUCCGCGAAGGAAGCGGCGGAGAGGGAACGGGAAGACUCUGUCGACUCGCUCCCGAUUCGCCGCAGGCGACCAGGAAGGCGGCGACGGGCGCACUUGGUCGCGAUCGACCGAGCGCCGCCUUGA